CCCGGCUGACAGGGUGUUGUGUGUGUCUGCCACGGGGACAUCCCCAUAACACACGCCUCCUUGCUCCCCUUACAGGAUGAGAUGCUGUUCUGCGAUUCGUGUGAUCGGGGCUUUCAUAUGGAAUGCUGCAACCCGCCGCUUUCAACAAUGCCAAAAGGAACCUGGAUCUGCCAACUCUGCCGGCCCAAGGAAAACGGGAAGCACUUGCUGCAGAGGAAAGCUGAUGAAAUCAAACGACGAUAUGCAAGGCCAAUCGGAAGGCCUAGAACUAAGCUCAAACAGAGAAUGUGUGUCCCCAGUGGCGACGGCUCCAUGAUAGCACUCGGAGGAAGGGGGACGCCUGGUAGGGGUCAAAAGAUUAGCCUCUGUUCCACACCCUCAUCUGGUCAUGCUGCAUCUGCCACGGACGGCAGAGGCACACUCGCCGUCGCAGAUCCCCGUUGGGCGGGCGACGCCCCCCAAUUCACCACCUCCACCCCCACCCCUCCUCCUCUCCCCACCACCACCACCACCACCACCACCCCCUCCUCUCCCCCCCUCACGCCCACCUCCACCAACCCGGCCGCGCUCGCCGUAAACAAGAAAACCAAAGGGCUCAUCGACGGGCUGUCGAGAUUCUUUACCCCCUCCCCCGUCGGCCGCCGGUCCCGCCCCCUGGCGACGGGCUCGCCCCCCCGGCCGCAGAGUCCCGAGGACGAGGGGCCGCCCAGCCCCCCGAGCCCCCCCGAACCGCAGCAGUCCAUCGCCUUCGACGGCGACGCGGACGCCGCCGCCGCCGCCGCCGCCGGUCACACGCUCCCCCCGUCCCCCGGCGCCCUUUCUCCCCCGCCCCCGACCCUGCCCGGACUUAGCCCCCCCUCCCAGGUGUCCAGCAACUCCACCCUGGCCAGCUCCCCGCAGAGCUCGUCCAGCCAGUCUAGCGUCCCGUCCCUGAGCAGCCUCUGCCAUAGCCACCAGCUUAAGGGACUCUUCGACGGACUCUCGCACAUAUUCACCACUCAGGGACAGUCGCGGAAAAAGGGACUGGCGUGCUACGCGCCGCCCAAACGCAAUCACCGUAAGCCGGAGUUGUCCGCGCGCGGCCCCAAAACGUGUCCCCAGCGCCUGGGGAUGAAGGAGUUUGGCAAGGGCAGACUACUGUCUCACUCCCCGUCCCCGGGGACCGGCCGGCCCCGGGGACGGCCCUUUAAGCUGGUCAGUCAUUUCAAACGCAACCCCUUCCUUAAGAAGCACAGGACACUAGGCAGGCUGAGGUAUAGGGUGAGUCCCCCGAAGGCAGCGCCCUCACCAGGGAAGGGAGACUUGACAGACGGAAGAGUUAAGCCAGAGCACGACCAUGGCUUCGAGGACCAGCGGGAGGUGAAGGCAGAGGCGCAGCCCAGCGUGGUGGCCAUGUCGCGGGAGCACGUCACGGACGAAGACGUGGAGGUGUUCACGCGCGUGCUGGACCUGUCGACGCAGAGAACGGGGUCGAUGGUGAGCUCCGACUUGCCGCGCUACCCUUCCGUCAUCGAGUUCGGGAAGUACGAGAUUCAAACCUGGUACUCCUCACCGUACCCUCCUGAGUAUUCCAGACUGCAAAAGCUUUAUCUGUGCGAGUUCUGUCUGAAGUACAUGAGAAGCAAGAACAUUCUCCUGAGACACGCGAAGAAGUGUGGCUGGUUCCACCCGCCAGCCAACGAGAUCUACAGGAAAGAUGACCUCUCUGUGUUUGAGGUGGAUGGAAAUGUCAGCAAACUCUUCUGCCAAAACCUCUGCCUGCUGGCCAAGCUUUUCCUGGACCACAAGACUCUGUACUAUGAUGUGGAGCCCUUCCUCUUCUACAUCCUCACCCAGAACGACAACAAAGGCUGUCACCUGGUGGGCUACUUCUCCAAGGAAAAGCUUUGCCAGCAGAAGUACAACGUCUCCUGCAUAAUGAUUAUGCCUCAGUACCAAAGGCAAGGAUUUGGACGGUUCCUUAUCGAUUUCAGUUACCUCCUCACCCGGCAGGAGGGGCAGGCGGGCUCCCCGGAGAAGCCGCUGUCCGAUCUGGGUCGGCUGUCCUACCUGGCGUACUGGAGGAGCGCGGUGCUGGAGUACCUCCACGCGCAGCCCUGCCGCCGUGUGAGCGUGCGGGCCAUGAGCCGCGCCACGGGGAUGUGUCCGCACGACGUCGCCGCCACCCUCCAGCAGCUCCGCAUGGUCGACCGGCAGGACGGCAGGAUCGUGCUGGUCAGGAGGGAGCGUCUGAUCCAGAGGCACGUGGACAGGAUGAGGUCCCACCCCCGGCUCAACCAGGUGGACCCCGAGGCCCUGCGGUGGACGCCGGUCUCCGCCCACAACGCCGCGCUGUCGGAGGAGGAGAGGGAAGCCGAGAUGGAUGCGGAGCGACUCGGGGAGCAGUCCAGCUGCUGGGAGAAGGAGGAGCGGGAGAGCCGGGCACUGUCCCACGGCGCCCGGCCGGCCCCGCCCACCAAGGUCCACUGCAAGGUGCCCGUCCGGACCUACGAGCGCCGGCCCCCCGCGCCCUGGAGCCGGCCCCGCCUCCGCCGCCACGGGCCCGAGUACGGCAGCGAGGACGAGGAGGAGGAGGACGACGACGACGAAGACGAGAACGAUCGCGACGACGACGAGGACGAAGACGAGGACGAUGAGUCCUCGGAUGGCUCGCCGCCCGUCCUGACGAAGGCUCACGCCAUGCUGGCGGCCAAGAGAAAGAGGAGCAUGGAGGUGAGGAAGAGGGGGCGGAAGAGGAGACGGAUAAACAGCAGCGUCACCACGGAAACCAUCUCGGAGACCACCGAGGUGCUGAAGGAGCCCUUCGACUACUCUGAGGACGAGCGGCCCAUGCCCCUCCUGGAGCGCACGGGCAGGGGGGGCGAGGAGGAAGAGGAAGAGGAGGAUGACGAAGAGGAGGAGGAGGAGGAGGAGGAGGAGGAACCAAGACCCGUAAUGCCGGUGAAACGCCACAGAGGCCGGCCGAGACUUGAGAAAAAUCUGCACAAAGAAAAGCGAGAGUGCUGGAAUGAAGGCUCCGACUCGCUUUCGGCGCGCGCCAACCGGCUGCGACCGGUGAAGCGCAAGAAGGGCUGGCCCAAGGGCGUCAAGAGGGGACCCCCCAAGUGGCGGCUGAAGAACGAGCGCAAGAUGGGCUUCAAGCUCAACCUCUACACCCCGCCCGAGACGCCGCUGGAGGGCGAGCCGCACCCCCCGCCGGCCGAGGAGCCCAAGGCGGAGCAGCACCACCUCCUGCUCCUCCCCUUCGCCGAGGAGCGCUGCAGGCCCAGCAGGAGCGCCGGCAGCCCCGGCCCGCCCCCCAGGAGCCGGAGGAGGCGGCGGCGGAGGAGGUUCUCGUCCGAGCCCCAGAGUCCGGCGGACAGCGUGGCGGACAGCGUGGCGGACAGCCUCCCGGGCAGUCCCGCCGCCGCCGACGUCGACGACGAGGAAGACGAAGACGACUGCGGCGCUUCGCACAGGACCCUCUCCUCGCGGGAUGUGUCCCCCGUGGCCUCCCCCGCAACCUCCCCCACGCCCUCCCCAGCCUGCUCUCCCGCCCGGUCGCCGGAGGCCCUGUCUAUGGGCACCGCCGCCACCCCCACACCCCCCCUCCCCGUGCCGGCUGAGGACCGCCUGCAGGACAGCGAGCGAGAGCCGGACUCCCCCGCCCCCAGAGACCUGGACCCCAGCUCCCCUGCGGAGCGGACCAGCCUCAGUAGACAUGACGACCAGGAGGAGGAAGAGGAGGAGGAGGAGGAGGAAGAAGAAGAGGAGGAGGAGGAGGAGGAAGAGGAAGUGGAGGAGGAGCACAGGACACACGUCGAGGAUGUGGACGCAGACGACGAGGACGACUGUCACAUUUUGAGCUCGGAGAUCGUGAAGGACAAGUCGGGGAGCCCCGAGCCGUUGGCACAGGAAGUACCCGACUGCACGCCGCUUUCCGUGUCUUCGGAACCGAAAGGGGACUCGGAGGAGACGGAGCCGGUCUCCCCGGCGCGGCACUGCGAAGAGCUGCCGCCCGUGGCCGCUGAGGAGAGCACGCAGGACGCAACGACGAGAGAGGCGCCCGUUUCAUUAGAGGCCGACGCCGCAGAGUCCGCGGCCGCAGCGUCGCUCGCGGACGUGGCGGUGGCGUGCGCCGAAGCCACAGCGGCGGUGGAGUCGGACCACGGCGAGGAGUCAGAGUCCGAGGGCGAGAGCAGCCCCGGGCCCAGCCCGGCGUGUCCCGACCCCCUGCCCGUCCCUGCGCCGCCGGAGACUCCCCGGCCGGGACCGGACCCGCCCGCCUGCCCCGAGUUGGACUCUGAGACGGCGCAGGCGGUCCAGUCGCUGACCCGGGAGUCCGAGCGGGAGGGCGUGUUCCAGGACUGCGUCGAGACCCGGGAGGCGUGCCGCAGCAUCCAGGCCUACGGCCGCGUGGCCCCCAGCCCCCAGCUGACGUCCCUGGACGAGUGCCCCCAGUCGGACCACAGCAGCCCCCGGUCCGCGGCGCCCUCGCACCCCAGCCAGUCGGUGCGCUCCGUCAGCAGCCCCGCCGUGUCCCUGCUGGAGAGCGGCUACACCCAGAUCAGCCCCGACCACGGCGCCGUCUCGGUGCCCUCGCUGCACAACAUGGAGACCAGCCCCAUGAUGGACGUGCCGUCGGUGUCGGACCACUCCCAGCAGGUGGUGGACAGCGGCUUCAGCGACCUGGGCAGCAUCGAGAGCACCACGGAGAACUACGACAACCCCAGCAGCUACGACUCCGCCAUGGGGGGCAGCAUCUGCGGGGCGGGCCCCUCCCAGAACAGCUGCUCCUACGGGGGCAUGCCGGCCAGCGGGCUGUCGCAGAGCAGCUGUGCCGUCAGCCAGCAAAUGGCGGCGGCGGCGGCGGCGGCCGGCCAGAUGAUCCAGGCCAACGCCCUGAGCUCGCCGCAGCACUGCAACGUCAAGUCCCCGCAGGGCUGCGUGGUGGCGGUGGAGCGGCCGCCCAGCAACAGCCAGCACAGCCAGCGCGCCCAACAGCAGCAGCAGCAGCAGCAGCAGCACGCGCAGCUGGCCCAGCAGCUAGCGCAGCAGCACGCGCACGCCCGGCACGCCGCCGCCGCCGCCGCCGCCGCGCACAAUCAGCUCAGCCAACACAAUCAGCACGGCCCGCACAAUCAGCUGGGCCAGCAUCCGCAACACAAUCCCCUGCACCACCAGCAGCAGCAGCAGCACGCGCUCCAACAACAACAACAACAACACCACCACCACCACCUCCACCAGCAGCAGCUCGCGCACCCCCACCACCACCACCACCACCACCACCACAACCACCCCCACCUGCAGCAGCACGGGGAGCACGCCCAGCACAAUCAGCACGGCCUGCACGGGCAGCAGCCGCCGCCGCCGCAGCAGGGCGCGGCGCAGUGCGGCGGCGUGCCCGCCAACUUCGCCGCCCCCAUGCAGCUGACGGACGUCCCCGAGUCGGGGGCGCCCAACCUGGCCCUCUACGAGCGCAUGAACCAGCAGGGGGAGUACGCCGGCGGGCACUACGCCCAGCCGUCGGGCAACGCCAGCCUGGCGCGGCUGCAGCAGCUCACCAACACGCUGAUGGAGCACCCGCUGCCCUUCGGCCACGCGCCCUCCCACGCCAUCGGCUCCUACGGCAACGGCCCCUCGCUCGGCUCCCAGCACGCGGGCCUGGUGUCGCUGGCGCCGCCCUCGCAGCACCGCGUGCCCGGCAGCCCCCAGGUGCAGGCCACCAUGACCCCGCCCCCCAGCCUGGGCUCACCGGCGUCGGCGUCGGCAUCGGCCAUGCUGCUGCAGCAGCAGCAACAGCAGCAGCAGCAGCAACAGCAGCAGCAGCAGCAGCAGCAGCAGCAGCAGCGCAGCAUGGGCGGUGCCUCCUCCAUCGCGCCCUCGCAGCGCAUCCACACGCAGAUGGCCUCCAAGGGCCACCUGGCCAUGCGCGCCAAGUCGGCGCCGCUGUCCCACCCCCACCACCAGCUCCACCAACACCCCCACCACCCCCAGCAGCCGCAGCAGCAGCAGCAGCAGCAGCAGCAGCCGCAGACGCAGCAGAUGUACGCGCGGACGCCGCAGUCGGUCACCAUGCAGGCGCCGUCGCGGGCGCUGGGCUCCUUGCCGCGCGUCAACAUGAGCGUCAACAUCAUGCCGGCGCCCGCCUACAACGUCAACGCCAUCAACAUGCCGUCGCUGAACGCCAUGAACAGCUACGGCAUCAGCCAGCCCAUGAUCAACGGCGGCUACCACGGCAACCACGCCUACAUGAACCACCAGUCGUCCCAGUACUCCAUGCAGAUGGGCAUGAUGGGGACACAGACGUACCACGCGCAGCAGCCCAUGCAGGCGCCACCGCACGGCAACAUGGUGUUCACGCACGCCGGUCACCACGGCUACAUGAACGCCGGCAUGGCCAAGCAGACGCUCAAAGGGCCGUUCGGACGGCGGUAACACGCACUGACCCCCGGGGCGGGCGAUGGCGUCGGGACGGCGGUUUGGGGACGUUCAGACACACAGACCGGGGCCUUUUUUUAUUUUUAGUACUUUUCUGCGGGGUCGGGGGGAAGGGAAAGGGUUCGAUGUCGUCGUCGU